AUGGCUUUUACUCCGUCGGACCCCGCUGUGAUCUCCAUUAGAUUUACGCCUGAACGACUACGUCUUCUUGAAGGUCUUCAACAAGCUGAUCAAAGAGACUUUGAAGCGCUACACCAGGAACUGGAGAAUACUGUCCAAGAGCGGAAUACACUAAGAAGUGACAACGCUGCUCUCAGAGCAGAAAUCUCAUCCCUCAAAGCUGAGAAUAAUCGCCUGGCUGCUGAGAACGGUGAUCCUUCUUAUCUCACGGAGACUCCCAGAGGACGUCUGAAUGAACUUAAGCGAUUCCCGGAAUUGGUCGAUGUCCCUGCAUUCGACAACUUGCCAAUUUACUCCAGGGACUACCUCUCCACUCAGCUUGGUGGUAGUAUUCAGCCGCUUAUAGUCCCAAUCGGGAAACAAAAACAACUCAGCGCCUCAUUGCAAAUCAAAAAAUUCUUAGUGCCGAACCAAUCUAUGAAUCCAUGGUGUCCUCGAGCACCUGGCCAACAUGGCUUCAUGUUUGUCGGACUGGGUGCAGAAAGCCAUACAUUUGAACAGGAGGAAUGUCUUCCCCUCUUCGUAUCGAAGCCACGGUCAGGUGGGAAUCUAGAGGCUUCGUAUUUCGGGGAUUAUCAUGUCUCGAGAGUUGAGCCUCUAACGCUUGAGGAAUGGAACACUCUAGCUCCUGCGGUACAGAAGUCAUAUGCACAGUGUACUGCUCGGAAGGAGAAGAGAGACUAUGAUUGGAUAUCUACUCUGCAUGCUUAUAAUGCGGGUCUAAAACGCGUGCCUUGCGUUAGAUUGGUAUGUGUGGCCUUCCGCUACGAGCUUUUCCAAGGACUAUCUGCGCCAACACUCACGCUAAAACGUAAACGCUCUGUCGGCGAUCUUAGCGACGGAGAGUAG